AUGAUAAUUACGUCAUCAACUCCCGUUGAUGAUGGGUUUGAUCCAGGUGGUGGUUUCAGUGGUGGUGGAGGCAGGGUUGAUUUUAGUCUCUCCUCUUUCUCUGUGUUGGUGUUGGUAGACCAAUGGUGCUGGGUAGGUUUCGGUGGUGAAACAGUGGUGAUGGGUGGGCUUAGGUGGUGGAACGGGGUGAUGGUUGGCCAAAACCAAGAAAAAACCAGUCAAGGUUGUGUACAUCUCCAAUGCCAUGAGGUGAAGACCAGUGCCUCAGAAUUCAGAGCUUUGGUUCAAGAACUCACAGGCCAAGACGCCGACAAGCCGGACCAUGCUAGGUUCCCGGAGAUUGGUGGUGGUGGUGGUGGUUCCGAUGACCACCACCACCACCAAGAAGUCCCCGAGGGCCCUGGAGAUGAAGCAGUACAUGAAGUUCCUACAAUGAACCCUUGUGGUGAAUUGGCUAAGAAAUUUGACCUUUCAUGUGAGCCGUAUGAUGAUGAUGAUGAUGCGUUUAUGCCUCAGAUUAUAGAGAAUUUCCUGGAAUAUUUCCCUCUAACAUGUGGUGUGAAUCUUCUCAUGUUGAUGUGGUCAAAAGCCUAG